AUGUGCAGUAACUCCGAUAUACUGCAUAAUGUCAUUCUUAGUAGAUGGGGUCGUUAUAGAAGUGGAUCCAACUGGACCCAAUUGCGCGCCCCGGCAGACCGAUGGUGGGUUACCAUGACCCGCGGUGGUGCUACAUCAAACUCUCAAGUGAUCCACUUCAAUAUCGUCAGCGGGAGCUUCUUGACCGAUGGGAAACCCUUUGAUAGGCUCCCGUUGGAGUACGUAUCCCAUCCUACUUACCGCGCUUUAUUCGACUCUGAGGGGAUCGUUGGUGUUAGGCCUUCCACCAUGAGAGGCAUGAUUUAUGAAGGUCAUUAUCAAAAUCAUGAGAUUCAUCUUCUACUUGCCGAACAAGAGUUGAUCAUUCGAUGCCGACAAGAUGACGAAAUUGAAGAAUUUAUUCCAUCUCCCGCCCUGGCAAAGGAUCUCCCAUGCAAUUUGAUAGACGGCCUCGACCCCAAACCUGGUCACGUGACAUUCCAAAGGCGUGGAAGGUUCUCCUGCAGCCCAAAGAAACCCAGCUUGUCGGGACAGUGUCAAAGGAACUUGAAUCAGGAACAUCUCAGCUUGUUGAUAUUCACUCUCUUCUCUACAAACAUCUCUCUCAUACACUUCGAUCGUUGGAGCCUUAUUCAGAGGGGCUACUUACUAGAAUGUCAGAGUUUUCCUGGCUUUGUGCUCGAUUACGACUUUCGAGGUAUCGACACCCUAAUAGGCCUAAAAACUAUGAUUUCUCUCCGUAGCGAGGACAAUAUGUCACUACAGCGGAAGGUUAUUGUGCCUAAGGGAUCCAUAUCAUCGGCCAUUGGGCUUCAUGGCCAUCCUUCGGUCACCCUCACAUUACGAGACCAAGGGGGUUAUUUUGCCUACGACGUAGACAAAAUUCCUGGUCGGCUCCAGGGUAGUCGCUCGAUAGAAAGCGAUCUCUUCCUCAUUCAACUUCAUGCUAUUACAUCGUCGCCCUUACCUGACGACUUGACGGGUCGAAGCGGAACCAAUGAAGCUCUCGAUUACCUUAGUAGCUCGUCGUCCUUCUCAAUGUACACCCUCUCCGACGAGGCAAGAGGCUAUCUUGAUAGCAUUGCUGCCCUCACACCGUCUCGGAGCACUUUUUUGCCAUAUCCACGAAUGACAGAAACCAUCAAGUGGAAUCACAAUCUGCCUAUUCUCUCGCAACACCCUGCAUUUUUGCUCCUAGUCGAAUCUAUUCUGGAGUAUUGGCGCAAGUUUGCAGUCUUUUACUCUCUUGAGGAUCUACUCAAGCCGAUCAAGCACCCAACUGGGAUGAACUAUUUGUCUGUUCGAGCAAGAGCCCGCGACUGGGUGUUCCACCACGUGUCCUAUUCUUGUGAAGAUGUAGAUGAUUCAUUCUACCAACCCCGUGAUUGUAUGAAAGACAUGGAGUCCCAGGAACGCGAGAAACUCGCUUUUCAAGUUGCCAGUCUUUGUCAACCUUCAAACGCAGCAUUUCCCAAUUUCCUAUCAUCUACCGAUGAGCUGACACGAUGGAGGUCAAUAAAUGCAGCCGAACGCUGGAGUUGGGACGACAUCCCCCAAUGGUUGCCCCAUGCCAGCUUUCUUGGGUAUUGCGAAGCCCCUUUCGAGUUCUUGGCGACGCUUGCCGCUCUCGCCCGACGGCCACAUCAGGUCCCACCGAGUCCUACCUUGGCCUAUAGUCUGGACCUCAGAGAAGGGCAAGAAUUUGAUCCAGAACAGAUAAAGCGAAUCCUAGCCAAUUACACCGUGGCAUAUGAACAGAGCCGGGAGUCAAGAAUAGUGCAGGGACCCAAUGAAGGACAGCAAGCAUGGGAUGCGCGGGUGCAACAAGCAAGGCGUACAUACAAGGAAAGUCUGGCACAACAAAAGAAUCAAGUUAUCGCAGAAAUGCGAAACCACUGGUCAAGCGGUUCCAGCCAUUUCGGCUUGUCAGCAAAACGCUUGCUUAUCCUCGAUGGAGAAUGUAUUCGAAAACUGUCUUCAACACUGAGAGGAUGGCGUCUCAAUAAAGCUUUCCUCAACCAUAUGCGCACUCUUCCUACCAUACUUGCUGUCACACACGCUCAACGCGUCAACUGGCCCCUUUACGAUCCCAUCUCAAACAUCCCUAGUAGGGCAUUCAAUAAAACCACGCCCUUGACGCUGAAAGCUCUUCUAAAUGCGCAACCGAGCCCACCUCGUCGUAUCAUCCCCAUGGGUGAGAGGUCCAGCAGAGUUUUGCGUCCACGUCCUGCAGAUAUCCCAGGUGAUUUGACGAGACUCAUCGACCAUCUCAACGAAUCUUCACAGAGUGAUCUCGAACGACGUUAUGUCAUGAACCUUAAUGAGAGUGUCAAUGCUCCACGACCUCCUUCUGACGCUCGCACAAGGCUGCCUUCAAUCAAUGUUCUCAACGAUCUUGUUGAAGCGGCAGAGGACACUCAUACCAGAGAGCUGAAUCGCCUUAUUGAUGCCCUGACCCCAAGUGAAUACAUUUUUGCCUUGCAAGAAGCUGCCGGGCUAUUUCCUGCAUUGACUCCCGUAGCCAUUCUGCGUCAAAUUUCACGAAAUAAUCGCAAGGGUCUACCUGAA